CGAGUGGCAGCAUUAUUUUUGUUCAGUGGACUCCCGUCCUGUCCGCUGCCCCUCACCCUGCUGCUUUGCCCGGAUCUGGAUUCGCUUUAGCUACUUUGGGAAUUAACACACCCUUUCUCUGACUUCCAACUGUUGUGGAUUGGUGAAUUCCUAAUUGUGAGCUGGUUAAAGUAAAGAACAGUCAACAUUAAAGUUGGCGGAGUGGCCCUCGGGAUGUCAGGAUCAGCACAAGUGACGCAGAAGCUGCAGCAUCUGCACCAGCAGCAGGAGCAGCAGCAGCAGCAUCAGCAGCAUCACUAUGAGAGCCGCUCUUACCUGAGCACCAAGUCGUCUGUUAGCAAGAAGUCGUUCGCGGCUUACAAGACCACCAGCCGUCGCCUGAAGACUACUGUGAAGACAGAGAAGGGGCAGGAGGUAGUUAAACUGAGCCCGCUACCCAAGAGAGCCAAACGCACCUACCUGGCGAUGGACUUGGACAAGGAAGUUAUCGGCUAUGUCAUUCCCGUAUUCAGAGCCAAUCAUGAGGUUGUUCGUGGUCUGAUGGAGGCUCGGGAGGAAGAUAUGACGGAGGAGGGGAUUAGCUAUGUGGCCAUGAGGAACCUGUUUGUGAGGGAGGCCAGGGACGCUAUGGAGGUUAGAGUGGAGAAGAAAACCAGAUCAACGCAUAUCAGGGAGUCUGCUGAACGCAUGAGACUGGGCCAGACGAUGGAGGAGUGGACAGAGUUCCGUAGGAAAAUGAACCCAGACAGCCUGAUGCACCCUCCAGAGUUUAUUGUCAAGCCCCGUGGACAGACUGUCUGGGAGGGCAAGACAGUCAAGCUGCACUGCACUGUGGCUGGAUGGCCUAAACCUAGGGUUGCCUGGUACAAAAACAAUGUGCUCAUUGAUGCCAAGGCCCAUCCUGAGAAGUACACCGCCGAGAGCAAUUACAACAUGCACUCCCUGGAGAUCAAGAACUGUGAUUUCCUCGACACCGCUCAGUAUCACAUCUCUGCCCUCAAUGUGAAAGGGAACUCCUCUGCAGUGGCCUCUAUUGUUGUCAAAAGGUACCAGGAGGGCAAGGAAGCAGGCCCACUUGAUCCUAAACCACAUGGUUACAGCCCUGAACAUGGUGUCACCUUUGAAACAACCAUCAUUGACAAAUUCGAAGUGGCCUUUGGCCGUGAAGGCGAGACACUGAGUCUGGGCUGCACUGUCAUCAUUUAUCCCACUGUGAAAAAUUACCAGCCAGAAGUUGUGUGGUACAGAAAUGCUGUCCCCUUGAAGCCCUCCAAAUGGGUGCACACCCACUGGUCUGGGGAUCGUGCCACACUCACACUUGUUCACCUCAACAAGGAAGAUGAGGGCAUGUACACCCUGCGCGUCAACACCAAAUCUGGCUUUGACUCCUACUCUGCUUAUGUGUUUGUCAGAGAUGCCGAUGUGGAGGUGGAGGGGGUUCCCGUGGCCCCCCUGGAUGUGCGCUGUCAUGAUGCCAACAAGGACUAUGUGGUAGUGACCUGGAAGCAGCCAGCGGUGGAGGGCAGCAGCACCAUCCUGGGAUACUACAUCGACAGGUGCGAGGUUGGCACUCACCACUGGGCUCAGUGCAAUGACGUCCCAAUCAAGUAUGCCCGCUUCCCCGUCACAGGACUGGUGGAGGGGCGUUCUUACAUCUUUAGGGUGCGGGCCUUGAACAAAGCAGGAGUCAGCCGUCCAUCCCGUGUCUCUGAUGCCGUGAUUGCUAUGGAUCCGUCUGACAGAGCCCGACUCAGAGCUGGCCCCUCAGCUCCUUGGACUGGGAUGAUCAAGUUUACAGAGGAAGAUCCCACUGUGGGUGUUGUCCCCGGAGAACCCUCUGAUGUUGUGGUUACCGAGGCAACCAAGAGCUACGUGGUGCUUGCGUGGAAGCCCCCAAUCCAGAGAGGUCAUGAAGGAGUCAUGUAUUACAUUGAGAAGUGUAUUUCAGGGACCAACACCUGGCAGAGGGUGAACACUGGCAUGCCAGUCAAGUCUCCCCGCUUUGCCCUGUUUGACCUGGCAGAGGGUAGAUCCUACAGCUUCCGUGUGCGCUGCUGCAACUCCACCGGUGUGGGCGAGGCCUCUCUGUCCACAGAGGAGAUCACGGUUGGAGAUAAACUGGACCUGCCCUCCGCUCCGGGCACUCCAGUGGCCACCAGGAACACCGACACCUCAGUGGUGGUCCACUGGAGUGCCUCUAAGGAAGUCAGACACUUGGCUGGCUACUAUAUUGAAUAUAGCGUGGUGGGCACCGAGGAGUGGAUGCCUUGCAACAACAAACCUGUCAAGCAGACCAGGUUUGUGUGCCACGGCCUGAUCACCGGGACAAACUGCGUGUUCAGGGUCAAGGCAGUCAAUGCUGCUGGAUACAGCCAGAGCUCCCCCGUCUCUGAUCCCGUGAUUGUACAGGCUGCCAUAUCCGUCCCUGGAAAGCCCACUGGUGUGACCCUGGUGGAGGCUGUGAAGGACUACAUGGUGCUGGCCUGGACUGAGCCUGCUAACAAUGGAGGAGCUGAUAUCAGGGGAUAUUUUAUAGACUACAGGACUGUGAAGGGAGGCGUUGUUGGGAAAUGGCAUGAAAUGAACCACAAGGCAUUGACUUCUACCUCCUAUAAAGCUGAGAACCUGAAGGAGAACGUCUUCUACCAGUUCCAAGUGCGUGCUAUAAACAUGGCCGGUGUGAGUAAAGCCUCUCUGCCUAGUUCAACUCUGGAGUGCAAGGAGUGGACCAUCACUGUGCCAGGUCCUCCUGUUGGUCUGCAUGUGCUGGAGGUCCGUGACACCUCCGCCGUGAUCCUGUGGGAGCCACCUGUAUUCAGUGGCCGCACUCCUGUCAACGGCUACUACCUGGACCUCAAGGAGGCCUCUGCCGGAGACGCAGGCUGGAAGGCUGCUCAUGAGAAGGUCAACAGGAUGAAAUACAUGAAGGUGACGGGGCUGAAGGCUGGUACAUCCUACGUCUUCCGCGUGCGUGCACAAAAUCUUGCUGGAGUUGGAAAGGCCUCAGCAGCCUUAGGUCCAAUCCUGGCCCAAACUCGCCCUGGCACCAAAGAUAUUUAUGUGGAUAUCGAUGAUGAUGGCGUGAUCUCUAUGAUCUUUGAGUGCUCUGAGAUGAAGGAGGGCUCUGAGUUUAUUUGGUCCAAGAACUACCAGGCUAUCACAGACACCUCUCGUCUGACUAUUAUCAAUGAAGGUGGCAAGUCCAGAGCUAUCUUCAACAGCCCCUCUCUGGAGGAUCUGGGCACCUUCUCCUGUGUGGUCACCAACACUGACGGCGUCUCCUCCAGCUACACGCUCACCGAGGAAGGUCUCAAGCGUCUUCUGGACCUCAGCCAUGAACACAAGUUCCCUGUUAUUCCCUUCAAGAAUGAAAUGGCCAUGGAGUUGCUUGAGAAGGGUCGCGUGCGAUUCUGGACUCAGGUGGAGAAAUGCACCUCCGCCUGCAAAGUGGAGUAUGUCUUUAACGAUGCCAUCAUUACUCAUGGACAGAAAUACACAAUGAGCUUCAACCAAUCCACCGGCAUCAUUGAAAUGUUCAUGGACUCUCUGGAGGUCACUGAUGAGGGAACGUUCACCUUUAACCUGGUGGAUGGCAAGGCUAAGGGUACAACCAGUCUGGUGCUCAUUGGAGAUGAGUUCAGGGAGCUUCAGAAGAAAUCUGAAUUUGAGAGGGCAGAAUGGGUCAGGAAACAAGGUCCUCACUUUGUCGAGUACCUCAGCUUUGCUGUUACUCAAGAGUGUGAUGUGCUGUUGAAAUGCAAGAUAGGAAAUGUCAAACCAGAGACCGAGAUCACCUGGUCUAAGGACAGCAUUGAGAUUGCCGAGAGUGAUGAUGCCGCUAAGAAAAUUGAGAGGAAGGACAGCGAGCUGACCUUUAAUAUUGGAAAGAUUUCCAAGUCGGAUAUAGGUGUUUACGAUGUCUACCUGACUGAUGACAGAGGCAGAGACAAGAGCACCUUCAAUCUGACGGAUGCAGGAUACCAGGCUGUAAUGAAUGAGCUGUUCAGGGUUAUUGCCAACUCCUCCUCUGAAAUCAGUGUCAUGAGUACUGAACAUGGCAUCAUCCUCUACUCCAUGGUCACAUAUGGCCACGAGGAUCUGCGUGUCGGUUGGCUCCACAAAGAUGGGAAGAUUGCCGCCUCAGAGAGAGUUAAGUCUGGACUCACAGGAGAGCAGAUUUGGCUUAAGAUCAAUGAGCCCACAGAGAAGGACAAGGGCAAAUACACCAUGGACAUCUUUGAUGGCAAGGACGGUGUGAAGAGAGUCUUUGAUCUGUCUGGCAAGGCAUGGGAAGAGGCAUUUGAAGAAUUCCAAAGGCUCAAGGCGGCAGCAAUCGCAGAGAGAAAUCGUGCUCGUGUUGUUGGAGGCUUGCCAGACGUGGUUGCUAUCCAAGAGGGCAAGUCCCUGAACCUGACUGGCAAUGUCUGGGGCGAGCCUACACCUGAGGUGAGCUGGACGAAGAAUGACAAGGAGCUGGUAUCUGAUGAGCGCUACAAACUCAAGUUCGAGCACGGCAAGUUUGCCAGCAUCACAAUCGCCACCGUCACCACGACUGACUCUGGCAAGUACGCCCUCCACGUCAAGAACAAGUAUGGUGCAGAAGCUGGCGAGUUCACCGUCAGUGUCUACAACCCAGAGGAUGAGGAGAUGAAAGAGGAGAAGAAAUGAAGUAGAAAAGAUGAAUGACUGGGCCAUCUCCAAAGCAUUUUACCCCGGCACAUGCCGGUGCACCGAGCAGUUUGAAUAAAUGAUUAAUACAGCUGCUUCCUCCUGAGUCUUUAAUGUGCUGGGCUAAAGAGCUUUGGGCAUUGCUCGUUGAGGAAGCAAACAAUGAAUGUGAUACAGAGAGGAUAAUUGUGUGCCUGUAGUUGCUUGACAUGUCUUCUGUCCCUUCUGGCCACUUUCAGCAGUAAAUGUUAUGUUUAACCAGAGCUGCUAUAAAUCCUUGUUUCAAUAAUGAAGGCCAGCCAAAGCAAAACAAUUUUCUUAUACUAAUACAGUAUUACACUGGAAAACCUUUGACCUCUGACACCAAGUCAUGCCUGAGGUUUAUACACUGUAACAAAAAUAAAGGAAAAAUAAUAUGUGAA